CCGUGAUCUCUUCCGAGGUCAUCCAUCUGCCUAAAUUGAGCAAACGUUCGCUUCUCCGAUCAUUACAUUCGUGACUACACUUGCCUACACAUGAGGAUACUAGCCUCCGUCUGGGGCGUCGUUACGCUCUUCCCUUCGGCGCUCGCCUUUUCUCUGACCAUGGGUACAGGAAAUUCCUUCGGUCGCGUCUUCCGGAUCAGCACGUGGGGUGAAUCGCACGGCGGCGGCGUCGGUGUCGUCUUGGACGGUUGUCCUCCCCGCAUUCCUGUCUCGCGCGAAGAAAUUCAAAUGGAUCUGGACCGCCGUCGUCCGGGACAAUCCCGCAUCACCACUCCCCGGAACGAAGCCGACGCAGUGGAGAUCAUCUCGGGUCUUUCCCCGGAUGGUUUGACACUCGGUACGCCUAUUGCCAUGCUGGUGCGGAACAAGGAUCAGCGCUCGCAGGAUUAUUUGGACAACGACAUGAAGGUUGCCUACCGUCCAUCGCACGCGGACGCCACGUACGACGCCAAGUACGGAGUCCGGGCCGUGGCCGGUGGGGGACGCUCCAGUGCACGUGAAACAAUUGGACGGGUGGCGGCGGGAGCGAUUGCUCGUAAGCUCUUGCACAAGUACAACGGCAUUGAGAUUCUCGCGUACGUUUCCAAAGUGCAGGACAUUGGCUGUUCCGUGGACGACGAUACCUUCACGAUGGAGGACGUGGACGCCAACAUGGUGCGGUGCCCGGAUCAGGCAGCAGCGGAAACCAUGUUGGCACGGAUUGACGAUAUACGCAAGUCAGGGAACUCGAUUGGUGGGGUGGUGACCUGCGUGGCGCGCAAUGUCCCGGCUGGACUCGGUGCUCCCGUCUUUGACAAAUUGGAAGCGGACUUGGCCAAGGCUUGCUUGUCCAUUCCCGCGGCCAAGGGUUUUGAGAGUGGAGACGGCUUUGCCGGAACACUCUUGACUGGUAAGGAUCACAACGACGAGUUCUACGUGGAUCCCGAGACCGGGGCGACCCGCACCAAGACGAACCGAUCCGGUGGCAUCCAAGGUGGAAUCAGCAACGGAGAAAACAUUGUCAUUCACGUUGCCUUUAAACCAACCUCCACUAUUGGACAAGCACAGAGCACGGUGACGCGUGAUGGACAAGAAGUUGAAUUACGCGGCAAGGGCCGACACGAUCCAUGCGUCCUUCCUCGAGCCGUACCCAUGGUUGAAGCCAUGGUCGCGCUGACCUUGGUGGAUCACCUUAUGAUGCAGCAGGCUCAGUGUGAACUCUUUCCGAACGAGGCGGCGGCAGAAGACUUGCCCAAUCCGAUGGGUAAGACCGCACGACGACAAGGUGGACCCGUGCACCAGGAGCCUGUUGCUAGCGGUCCGACGUGGGCACUAAAUAAUGGUACCCUAUUGCGACAUUCGUUGUUCGCUGUGUACUGA